UUGGCGUCUACCGCUCAAAAUUUCAAUUUCAAAUGUAAACAACUCUUAUAGUCUAUAGGAUGGAUUUAAACUUCAUAACAGAUUAUCUAACGUCAAUUGAUGCAGAUGUCAUUCUGCCACUUGUCAUUAUUUUGUUUUUGCUCGUAGUACCAUGGGGUCCAGAAAUUUGGCAGAACUUUUUCACUUUUAUGUUUGCAGUGAAAGGUUUCGCAUUACUCAUAUUCCCAGAAGUAGUAGCAGGAUAUUUGAUUCAGAACAAGGUUGAUGCCCUCCAUCUCCAGGAAAUCAGAUGUCUGGGUAUAAUUCUGCUUGCUGACGCUCUGUCACAUAUCUUAACAAGAAAGUCAAGUGACCCAACAGUGAAAACAUCUCUGCUGUGGUCCAGGACAUUGUACUUUGCUGCCAUAUCAAUGUUGAUGCACUUCACCAUGAAAGCAGCAGCAGACAGCAAGAAGAACAACAUCAAUUUGAAGUUGUAUCAAGUGUCAUGGCCGGCUACAGUGCUGUUUUUUAUUGGAUAUCUAUACUACUCCUUGGCAGAGUCAGACUGGGGAGGAUAUUCAGAACAAGGCAAAACAUGGAGAAAUGUGAACAUCAGGGUGGAUUUCCUUAUUUGGUUCCUCCAUGGUAUAUUGUCCUUUGUUUUCCCACGGAUACAAUGUCAGUUUCAGACCACCCUGACUGAUCUGGACACAGCUCAUGGUUUCUUGGCCCGUGGAAUGGGAGCUAGUUUCCUAAUGCUAGCCAUCACAGCAGGUCGCAGUGUCAACUUCCUGCGAGAGGAAGACAAGAAGUCCAUACUAUUAUCUCAUGGUGUUGCCAAUCUGCUGUUCCUUAUGACCAUGGCAUUCUGUCAAAUCUUCACCAAAGUGUUCUCUGAAUGGCAUCUGUUCUAUGGAAUGAGUUUUGUAGCUUUGACAGCCAUUAAUGCUUUUCUUGGAUGUGAUGUUCCAAACAUGUUAAAAUCAGCAAAAUUUCAGAUUAGAAACAUUUUUUCAACAAAGGGAGAUUAAUCUUGUUCACCUGUAUGAUUUAGAUGGUUUAAUUGGAUUAUUUUGAGUUAUUUUUACAUUAUCAUCCUAAUUAUGGAAUGUUUCUAUGUCAUUAGGAAUGGCAGCACACUUUUUGAUUUUAGAUUUUUUUAUUAACUAAAUUUAUAUUUUUUAUACCAAAUUCCAUAUUUGGUAUCAUUUUCAUACCAGUCAAACUGCCUCAUUUUGAUAAAUUUUAAAAGAUGUGUAGAUUUCG